GAGGCGAAGCGAGGCGGGGAUUGAUGGGCGCAGCUGCGGCGGCCGCGAGUCCCGGGGGGCCCCCAGCGCUCGCACGCCCACCGGACGGGAAGGAGAGGAACCGCGCGGGUCCCGCCGCUGCCGAUCUACGAAGGUCAUCAGAAGAGAAAGCACCGCUAGUGAACAAGAGGGCAGCUCCAGAAGUAAACGAGAGUCAACAAGGAGUUGGGUUUUGCAGUUCAACAUCUGAAGAAGCAGGAUGGGGUGCAUUUGAGAAGAACGAGAGGGCCCCGUUCGUUGGGAUGGAGGAGCUCUGGGAUUCGCAGGGGCAACAGUUCCUCCAGACGCUGCAACCGGUUCAUCCAGGAGAGGGCAAGUCCAAGAUGUCGGAUGCUUCUCCCUGGGACGAUCCCAAGGUCUUCCUGGCCUCCUUCGAGCAGGUGGCCCAAGCCUGCCGGUGGCCCAGAGAAGAGUGGGUGUCCUGUCUCCUGCCGGCCUUGAGCGGAGAAGCCGAAGAGGCUUUUCAGAAGCUGGAAAUCGGAGAACGGGACAACUAUGGGAAGGUGAAGGCCGCCAUCUUGAAAGGGGAAGCGGUGAAAAGGGAGGACCAGCGUCAACACUUCCGCCAGUUCUGCUGCCAGGAAGUGGAAGAUCCUUGGAUGGUUUACAAGCAGAUCCAGGAGCUUUGCCACCAGUGGUUGAAGCCGGAGAGGCGCACCAAAGAGGAGAUCCUGGAGCUGCUCAUCCUGGAGCAGUUCCUGGCCAGCCUGCCUCCAAAGCUCCAGAGCUGGGUUCAACCCAGGAGGCCGGACACGUGUUCCCAGGCAGUGGCCCUGGUGGAGGACUUCCUACGGAGUCAGCAAGGAAUCAAAUCAGAAGCCUGUCAGGGCCCACCAAAUGAAGAACCCACCAAUUUCGAAUGUGCUGAGCAGGAGCCCUUAGAAGCCGUGAAGAGAGAAAAUGUUGAAGUGGAGAUCGGUAUGCUGGGACCUGGAAUCGAAUCCCCAGACCCUCCCAGCUCAAUGCUUCCUUCCGAAAGAUUAGGGAUGGUGCAAACUGCUUUGAAAGAGGCAGUCACAGACCUGAAGGAGAGAGAUGUUCACUUGCCGACAGCCAAGUGGGAUCUGGUCCAGCCUGUUCCUAAAAGGAUGGCCCCGGAGGCUCUCCAGUCGGAGCACAGGAACAUUGGCUCUUUAAAGAGCCUCCUGGGAGCAGAGAUCAAAGUGGAAAAUUCCAAGAAUCAAGGAGAGGAACCGGAGUCAAGACGCAGGAGAGAUCAAGAGUUUAGUUCGGGGAAUCUGCCAAUAAAAGUAGAAAUGGAAGAAGAAAGUUACAAGUCAAGAGAGCAGCUACAGCAGAAGCCCGUCCAUACUUCACUUCAACAGGAAUUUACAACUGCUCUUACUGAAAAGGCCACUAUUUCCAAACAGAAUAAUGUGCCCUUAUUCUCCGAAUAUGAUAAAAGAUACCACAAUCAAAUGGAACCGAAUUCAUUAGCUUGUACGGAGAAAUUGGGACAAUGUCCACAAAGGUUUGAGGACAGCUACCAGCCUACUUCAACAAUGAGUCAAGAGGAGGAACACAUCCUAAGUGAGCAAAGACUUGAAAUCUCUGAUAAUGGAACAGGGAAUAAUUUGGACAAUCUAGGGAAAACGCGUAAUAUUUCUCCCGAAUAUGAGAAAACCUUGACUAACCCAAACUCACUUAGCAGAUUUCCGGUGUGCAAUCCCGAAGAGGAAUGGUACGAAUGUUCUCACUGUGGGAAGGGCUUCAACAAGGCCAAAUACUGGAAGCAGCACCAGAAAAUUCACACCGGGGAGAAGCCGUACAAAUGUCUACAGUGCGGGAAGUGCUUUAACCAGUCGGGAAAUCUGAAGACCCACCAAAGGAUUCACACUGGCGAGAGGCCCUACAAAUGUUCCCACUGUGGGAAAUGCUUCAGCCACACCAACUGUUUGAAGAUGCACCAGAGGAUUCACACCGGGGAGACCUACAAAUGCACUCAGUGUGGGAAAUGCUUCAGAGAGACGGGAAUCCUGAAGAGGCAUCUAAGGACGCACACUGGAGAGAGGCCAUACAAAUGUUCCCAGUGUGGGAAAUGUUUCAGCCUGGCGGGAAUCCUGAAGAGACACCAAAGAACCCACACUGGUGAAAGACCCUAUAAAUGUUCUCAGUGUGGGAAGGGCUUCAACCGGUUGGGGACGUUGAAGAAACACCAGCGAAUUCACACGGGCGAGAAGCCGUACAAAUGUUCUCACUGCCAGAAAUGCUUCAACGAGAGAGGAAAUUUGAAGAGGCAUCAGAGAAUCCAUGCCAGAGAGAGGUGGUACGAAUGUUCCCAGUGCGGGAAAUGCUUCAAUAAAGCAAAAUACUGGAAGCAGCACCAGAAAAUUCACACGGGGGAGAAGCCGUACAAAUGUUCCGACUGCGGGAAGUGCUUCAACCAGUCGGGAAAUCUGAAGACCCACCAAAGGAUUCACACCGGCGAGAGGCCCUACAAAUGUUCCCAGUGUGGGAAAUGCUUCAGCCACACCAACUGUUUGAAGAUACACGAGAGGAUUCACACGGGGGAGACCUACAAAUGCACUCAGUGUGGGAAAUGCUUCAGAGAGACGGGAAUCCUGAAGAGGCAUCUCCGAAUCCACACGGGGGAGACCCCGUACAAGUGUUCGCAGUGCGGGAAAGGCUUCAACCUGAUGGGAACUUUGCGGAAACACCAGCGCAUUCAUACCGGAGAGAAACCUUACAAAUGUUCCCAUUGUGACAAAUGCUUCCGGGAAACGGGGAUUCUGAAGAGACAUCAACGGACUCAUACCGGAGAGAGACCCUACAAGUGCUCUCAGUGUGGGAAAUGCUUUACUCAUACCAAUGUGUUGAAGAUACAUCAGAGGAUCCACACUGGGGAGACGCCAUAUAAAUGCGCCCAAUGCGGAAGAAGCUUCAGUCAGAUGGGAAAUUUGAAAACCCAUCAGAGAAUUCAUGCUAGAGAGAGAAUCCAUAAAUGCUCUCAGUGCGGGAAAUGCUUCACCCACAAGGGGGAUCUGAAGACUCACCAGCGCAUUCACACCGGCGAACAACCGUACAAAUGCUCUUACUGCGGCAAAUGCUUCAACCAGAAGGGAAAUUUAAAGACCCACCAGAGGAUUCAUACGGGAGAGAAGCCGUACAAAUGUUUGCAGUGCGGGAGGUGCUUCAUCCAGGCGGUCCUUUUGAAGAACCAUCAGAGGACUCACACAGGGGAGAGACCCUACAAAUGCCCUCAGUGCGGGAAAAAUUUCAGCCUGGGAGGAGACUUAAAAAAGCAUCAGAGGAUUCACACGGGAGAGAGACCCUACAAAUGUUCUCUGUGUGGGAAAGACUUCAACCAGAGGGGAAAUUUGAAGAAGCACCAGACCAUUCACACAGGGCAGAGAUGAUAAAAAUGGUCACAGUGCAGGAAUAGUGUAAUGCAGGGAUCUCCAUACAGGGGUGGGCUGUUGCAGGGCUGGGUUCCUAUGCCAACCCCUACCGGUUCGCGCGGGCUUUGCGUUGCUUAUGCAUGCUCAGUUCGCUGUAAAUGGUUGUGCGCAUGGGCAAAGACCACUAAAAGCUAAUAAACAAGAUGCCAGCAAUACGGAGACCGGGGAAACGCUUCGGGGGGCGUGACCAAUUGGGUUGCUGCCGGUUCUGCGACCCAUGCCAGAUUAUCACUACCGGUUUGGCUGAAUUGGGAGCAAACCACCUCUGGGCUGCUGCGGGAUCGCAAGGGUUCGGGAGAACCUCUAGCUAAGAUUCUGUGCAAUUCAGAGAAUCCCCAAAUCCCACUACUGGCUGGCCCCACCCACAUCGGCCCUCCCAGGAGUCCCCACGCAAGCAGUUUCCAAUGCAGGUAGGUGCAGGGUGUGCGGGGAGGCUCGUGGGAGGCAAAAAACAGGCCUACCAGAUGUUCGAAAAUGGGUCUGUUUCUAGCCUCAUGAGCCCAGGAAGGGCAA